GUCUUCCUGACAAAGCGCGAAACAUCAGCAAGCAUCGCGAACUCUCCACAGCUUUCCAGUAACGUCUUUGCCCUUAUUACGGAAUCCGCAUUUCUCAUCAGCGAGCACGCAAGCUGCGGCUGCCUUGAUCAUCUUUACAAUGCCUAUAAAAGAAUGGCUCGCAACUCCUCCAUGUCCCACCAUUAAACUCAAAGAUCAACAUCGCAUCUACCGCUAUCCUUGAGCCUCACCUCCUUGAUCACUCUCUCCAUCAAGCCAAGCAAUAAGCUCUACUCGUACUGCUCAGAUUACCAGCAAUGGCCUUCGUCCUCACUCCCCACUUCGCGCCCACCUCACAGGCACCGCAGUGUAGCCCCUUUGGCUUCUGCACUCCACAUUCGCGUCCGACAUAUCCCUACCACGUAUCGCGCCCUCAGCCUCGCCGCCCCGCCUAUUCUUCAUUCAAUCACUUCUUCAACCAGGUCGAUGAGCUGCUAAGCGAGAUUGACCGCGAGGCACGGCGCGAGGCACAACGCCAGGCACAGUUUGCGGCCCAUGUCGAGGCACAGCGCGAAGCCCACCGCCAGCGACAACAGCGCAAGCGUGCUCUGCGCGCCGAAUUCGCUGUCGGCCAGCAUGAGCAGGGAUGGCAAAUCGUCGGAGAAAUCCAGGGAUUCGAUCAGGAGAACAUCAGCAUCGAGGUCACGGAUGAACACACGCUGAAAGUUGCUGGCAAUACCAAGUGGCAAUCAGAGAAGUCAUUGCCCAAGACCCAACAGUCUGAGAACGAAGGCACAUCCAUAGCCGGCCCCGUUGCGCUCACUGAGUCCGAGGAAGAGGCUACCACCACGCCUGAGGCCACCACUAUUGGUCCAGACAGUGACACCGAGUCGCACAAAUCAUAUCAAGCUACCGUCGAAGACGACUUUGAGGACCUUGGCGCUGAGUACUCAUCACUCACCUCAACAUCAUCUACUGUCAGUGAGCCCACGGAACCCACGGAACCCACGGAGCCUUCGGAGACCACGCGGCCCAAGGGCAAGGACAAGGUUGUCAAAGAGCCCGCCGCUACACACACCGCGGUCGCCCAGCAGCCACAGCCCGAGGUACCAGCCCAGCAACAGCAAGAACGCCUCCAUGGAUCAUUUGAGCGCACCUUCCGAUUCCCACAGCGUAUCGAUGCCGCCAAUGUGACCGCUAGCUUCAAGGAUGGCGGUCUCAAAAUCACUGUUCCAAGGGCUCAGGCGCUACAGACCAGAAGAAUUGCCAUCAUAUAGACGAGUGAUAAUACUGGUGAGGGAGGUUUAAUGGAUAGUGUAAGCUUAGACUAGAAGAGUAUUUAGGAUGUUCGCACGACGCUUGUCGUGGUAAAUGAAGUAAUGAUUCAAUUCCAACGAAUUCUUUGCUGUGCUCUCACUUUCUGUGUUGCAGUCGCUGACUACCGAUCUACGGGUAGUCCAAACAGUCACUAGUCACGAACAACAUGUACAUCAGACUAGCCGUGAUGGCUCUAAGCUUGCGUGAUGAAGAAGCCGAAGCGGUUAACGUAUGAGAGGUCCCACUAAUCCUCGAUCCAAAUCGAAUCACCCUAUCGGCCCUGAAUUUCCCAAACCGGCACACUCCAUAAAAUUCCCUAC